AUGGCCGACUCGGUCUCCUUUUUGCGCCGGCUAAUUGUCGAAUCUCCGCCGGGAGAAUGGGCUCUCAACCAGCUGCGCAACUUGCUCAUCGGCGCCCUGCGACAAGGUCCUAUACCUCAGCAUGUUGCCUUUGAGAUGGACGGCAACCGACGCUAUGCUCGUACUCAUCGCAUGGAGACUGUCGAAGGCCACCACCGCGGCUUUGAAGCGCUUGCCAGGAUAAUGGAGAUUUGCUACCGAUGCGGCGUCAAGGUUGUCACAGUCUAUGCUUUCAGCGUCGAAAACUUCAACCGCCCGAAACACGAGGUCGAGGGACUUAUGCAGCUUGCAAAGGUCAAGCUGGAGCAGCUCACCACGUACGGAGACAUUCUCGACCGCUACGGUGCCUGCGUGCGCGUUCUCGGGCAACGCGAGAUGAUCCGUGACGAUGUGUUGAAAGUCGUGGACAAGGCUGUUGCUAGGACGAGGCACAACAACAAGACCGUCCUGAACAUCUGUUUUCCAUACACGUCGAGGGCAGAGAUAACCACGGCGAUUCGAUCGACUGUGACCGAGUUCCUUGCUCCGCCGCCGCCCAAGAAUACCCCCUUCUCUCCCUCCCGCAUACGGCAGAAAAUUCUGUCUAGCCAACUCGAAGGACGAGAGCCGCUGCCUACCAUACGAGACGACUCUCCGGAGGCGUCUGCUCAGACUGAGAGGGAAGAGGGCGACAAGGACGUGGACGCUGAUGGGGACGGCGGAGACUCGUCGUCGACAACGCUGUUCCCUGAUUCACCGAAGCAACGCCCGUGGGAGGCGGAGGGCCCCUACAACUCAUCGAAACUGCCAAACCCUGAGACCAUUACCGUCGAGACACUCGAAAAGCACAUGUACACGGCUUUGGAUCCCCCGCUGGAGCUUUUUGUUCGGACUAGCGGCGUCGAGCGGCUGAGCGACUUUAUGCUUUGGCAGUGCCACCAAGAUACGCACCUUUUCUUCCUCGAGUGCUACUGGCCGGAUUUGGAUCUCCAGCAUUUCAUAUGGGUCAUGCUGGAGUGGCAGUGGAGACAGAAGCAAAAGGAGAGAUUCGAUUACUCUGAUGCGGCGCGGAAGAGCACGGGACAACAAAGGGUGGAGUAG